AUGGAUAUUAUCUCUCCCCAAUCCCUGAUUCUAGUCUUCCCGAUUUUUUUGUUCAUCUACUAUUUCUUCUUUCUUCACCCAACAAAAUCCAAAUACACCACUCAAACCGGCUUCAAAAAUUACCCAAUACUAGGAACCCUCCCGGAAUUUUUCGUAAAUCGACACCGUUUUCUUGAAUGGAGCACCCAAGUCCUCUCCCAGUGUCCAACCAACACCGCCGUCUUCAGCCGUCCUGGAAAAAUCAAUGGCGUGCUAACAGCCAACCCUGCAAAUGUCGAACACAUGCUCAAGACCAAUUUUGACAACUACCCAAAAGGAACCAAGUUCAUGUUACUUCUUGAAGACUUUCUCGGCCGUGGUAUCUUCAAUUCCGACGGCGAAGCGUGGAGGGCACAGCGUAAAACCGCCAGCUACGAGUUUAACACCCGCUCCCUUCGGAAUUUCGUGAUGGAAACAGCCGCCGUUGAGUUACAUACCCGAUUCGUACCGGUUCUUGAACGCGCUGCGGAUGUAAACAAAGUGAUUGAUCUUCAAGACCUUCUUGAGAGGUACUCUUUCGAUAACAUAUGUAAGGUGGCAUUCAACGUGGACCCCGGUUGCCUCGCUGGCGAUGGAACUUCCGGUAGUGAAUUCAUGAAAGCUUUUGAAGAAGCUGCGACGCUUAGUUCCGGGAGAUUCAUGUAUAUUCUUCCAGGUUUAUACAAAAUCAAGAAAUUCUUGAAUUUUGGUUCGGAAUUUAAGUUGCAAAAAUCCAUAGCCACCGUUCAUAAGUUCGCCGACGAUAUCAUAAAGUCGAGAAUGGAGGAAAGGACGGAAGAAACCGACGAGGAUUUGUUGUCACGAUUCAUGGGUAACUCGGAAUACUCACCGGAGUUUCUCCGGGACAUUGUCAUAAGCUUCAUAUUAGCAGGUCGUGAUACGACAUCGUCAGCUCUCACAUGGCUUUUUUGGAUUUUAUCUUCACAUCCCGAAGUAGAGCAAAAGGUACUCGACGAAUUGAAAGCCAUCCGGCUUAGCUCAGGCGAAAGUCGCCGGGAUUGUUACAGUUUCGACGAACUCCGGCAGAUGCAUUACCUGCAUGCUACAAUCUCUGAGGGAUUACGGCUGUUCCCACCGGUGCCGGUGGACACAAAGUCUUCGCUGAAAAACGAUAUCAUGCCAGAUGGGACGUUUGUCGCAGAAGGAUGGUUCGUUACAUAUCACACAUACGCAAUGGGGAGGAUGAAGAGUGUUUGGGGGGAGGAUUGCUGUGAGUUUAGGCCGGAGCGGUGGCUGGAGGAGGAGGAGAACGGCGGAGGAAUAAUGGUGUAUAGACCUGAAAAUCCGUUUAAAUUUCCUGUGUUUCAUGCCGGACCCAGAAUCUGUUUAGGGAAAGAAAUGGCGUAUACUCAAAUGAAGUUGGUGGCUGCGACGAUCAUUGAGAGGUUUCAGGUGGAGGUGGUGGAGGAGAAGAAUCCGCCGGAGCAUGUAUUGUCGUUGACGAUGAGGAUGAAAGAUGGGUUAAAGGUGAGAAUCAAGAAACGAUGA